CAGAUGUGGACCGGGGCAGAGCGAUUCAGCGAAAUUUCUAGACGGGCCAUCAUCCAUGUGCGCCAGUUUAACCCUCUCUCUUGCGUACUAAUUAGCACGCUACUACUAACUUAUACAAACACCAAGCAUCCAGAGCACGCUUCAUACUUCGCGAGCUGUCUUGUUUGAUGCUCGAAUGCCCCAAACUUUCCAAGCCGUGAAGUGUGUAAAAUGCAGCAAGUUUCAGUCCCAACAGGUGAAAAAGGUCCAGAAGUUUGCUUGCGCUGUUUGUGGCGAGAAGCAGACAAUUCAGCACGUAUAUGCCAUCUCCAACUCUGGCAAGGACAUACGCCUCCACGUUCAGCGGCUCAACAUGAGCGUGGGACAAGCCCAGGAAGCGGAGGCUGACCGGUUGGAGCAGCACGCUUAUUCAGGGCCGCCUGUCAUAACUGGACCGCAGCACGCUGACGAACCCGCUAGACACGAAGGCCACCCGCAACGUCAGCACGGGCACACGCUGAACUGGGAUGACUUCACGGAGCAGGAGGAGCUUCAGCAGGGGCUUGGCAAUGACGAUGGAGGGGCAGGGCUCAGCGGCGCCUUCGUGACAGCGCUGCCGGAGCCAGACCGCAAACGCGGCCAUGGCGAUGGCUUGGGGCAGGGCCGCGCACGCAAGCACGCGCGCCUGUUACCGAGCGACGCGGGCGAAGUGGAAGCCGAAUACAAUGGCUUCCCCGCCGCUGGUGGAAUCAGUGCAUGGCCCCGUAACGCGCCGCCCCGCGGCCCGGCAGCGCCGUACGGGCGGGCGGUUGGCCCGGCAGGUCCCCGGCCCUCGCUGCAGCAGUCGGGGGCUGCGCGGCACGGUAAGGGUGGAGUGUCCAUGUCCUUCGUGCCGCCGGCGUCGGGGCUUCAGCAUGGGAACAACGCUGCUCAGGAGCAGGGCUUCCUGCGGCCCCACCAGCAGCACCAGCACGCCAGCCAGCCCCGGCGACAGGGGCAGUCCAUGGCCGGCCCGACCGCUCAGCAGCCGCUCCUGCAAGGCGGCCAGCGCCUGCAGCAGCGGCACGGCCCUAUCCACCCGCAAGCUGCCGCGCAGCAGCAGCAGCCACCACAGCAGCAGCAACAGCGGCCGGCCUCUGCAUACGGAGCGCCCGCUGCUCGAGUGCCUGCCGUCACGGCCAAGGGCUUCGGUACGGCGGUGACGGGUGCGCAUUUUGGCGGCCAGGGGCCGUGGCACGGCAACGGCAGUAGCGCUGGACAUGGUCGUGCAGCAUUUGGCGAACCUGUGUGGAGCAGUGGAGCGGUCAAAGCCGAUGCCAGCAGCGGCAUGGGGCAUGUGGCAGCACAGGCAGGCUUGGCGUGCGCAUGGGGGCCGCAGGCACAAGUACAGCAGCACCCGUCUCAGCACGAGCUGCAACACGGUCACCCGCAGCAAGCACUGCAGCAGGACCACCAUCAGCAGUGCCAACCGCCCCAGGAAGCGCUGUUGAGGCAACACCAGGUCAGUGAGCCGCCCGCGCCACGCGCAGCGGCGUACGGCGCUGACGGCUGGGCCGCCGAUAUGGGUCUGCGCAGCGGAAGCAGCGGCGGCGCCGUCGGCAACGGUGGUCACACCAGUCAUGCCGGCAAGCCCUCGCAUGCGCCACGUGACUGGCGAGGAGGGCACGGAGGCAGAGGCAGCAGCGCAGGCGGGGCAGGUGGCGGCGUGGGUGGCAUGUGGGGGGAUUUUGUGGAGGAUGAGGGCGGGGCGGAUUGGGCCGGCGGUGGCGACGAUUCAGAUGGCCCCGAUGGUCUGUUUGUGACGUGCAUUUGACGAGCUCUGCUGCACCGCCAACGGCAUUAGCAGGACGUGCUGAAAGCGUGAAGACUACUGGGGAUCACUGUGCAUUACACGUGCGUAACGAACGGUGUCAUACAGCGGAGCGCAAGAAUGCCGGUUCAGUUGCGUGGCAUGUGCAGCCAGGCUGCGUGCAGCUUUUGCAGCCCUUUACAAGGCUAGGGGGCAUGUGUGAUGGCCAUAUCUAACAAAGCUGGGCCGGUGGCUGCACCUUUUUGUUGCCACCCUACGGAAAUGACG